GGGCCACGGCGCUCGCCGCUGGGCCCGGGCCGUCAUGGCGGCGCCGCGGCCGUGCGCGGACGGUGCCUGUUGCUCCCGCCCGGCGGCGGCCGGCGUGCAGCAGACGCUGGAGGAGAUGGACUUCGAGAGGGGGAUCUGGUCGGCAGCCCUGAACGGAGACCUGGGCCGAGUGAAGUACCUGAUCCAGAAGGCCACGGACCCCAGUGAGCCCGACUCGGCCGGCUACACCCCCCUGCACUACGCCAGCCGCAACGGGCACUACGCCGUGUGCCAGUUCCUGCUAGAGAGUGGCGCCAAGUGUGACGCGCAGACCCACGGGGGCGCCACCGCUCUGCACCGGGCCAGCUACUGCGGCCACACGGACAUCGCCCGCCUCCUGCUGUCCCACGGCUCCAACCCCAGGCUGGUGGACGACGACGGCAUGACCAGCCUCCACAAGGCUGCUGAGAAGGGCCAUGUGGACAUUUGCUCCCUCCUGCUGCAACACAGCCCAGCCCUGAAGGCCGUCCGGGACCGGAAGGCAAGACUGGCGUGUGACCUCCUGCCUGCCAACAGUGAGCUGUGGGACCUGCUGGCCACCUGAAGCCCCUCCUGUCCUGCUGGCACACAGGAACAUGGACGCACCCUCCCGGCUGCUGCAGUGCGGGACGCAGGCAGGGCCUGUCUGGCUGCCAUGGGGGUGAGGGCGGACUGAGUGGAUCUGCCUCCUGGUACACGGCGGGCUCUGCGGGAAGACACAGCCGCCGGGGAAGCACAGCAUUGAGCCUGGUCUCCUCAUGGACUGCCUUUGCCCCGCGCACACAGCAGUUGUUGGAAUAAAGACCAGACAGGGAGAUAAAAUGAUCUAUUGAAAGAAACAUUGGAAUUUUGACUGAUUGAAAACUGCUUCCUUGGGGCUGGAGCGAUAGCACAGCGGGUAGGGCAUUUGCCUUGCAUGUGGUCUGACCCAGGUUCAAUUCUCAGCAUCCCAUAUGGUCCCCGAGCACUGCCAGGAGUAACUCCUGGGUGCAGAGCCAGGAGUAAUCCCUGAGCAUCGCUGGGUGUGACCCAAAAAAAAAGAAGAAGAAAAAAACUGCUUCCUAGGGGCUGGAGUGAUAGUACAGCAGUUGGGAUCCUUUGCACGAAGCCGACCCAGGUUCAAACCCUGGCAUCCCAUAUGGUCCCCUGAGCCCACCAGGAGUAAACCCUGUGCAUCGCCAGGUGUGGUCCCCAAACCAAGAAAAUUUAAAAAAAUAAAACCUGCAAUCUAGGCAGAUUAUCUUGGUCGAAGUCACUUAGCAUCUGCUGUGUUCCAGUGCAAGUGAUUGUCGGCCUGUGAGCUGGUCACUGGCUACAUGCUCUGGACAGAUCCUGACACGCUCUGCAGCUUGCUUCUCCCACAGCCUUAUCAAUACUGGGGUCUUUUUGCUUUGUUUCGGGCUCCCAGAUCUCACACGUGACACGUGUGCACUCUACCUGAGCUGCAUCCCCACUUGUCCAUAUUGGUGUGUUCUUUGCUUUUCAUUAGGGAGGGUUGGAGUCACACCAGGUGGGGCUCGGGACUGUUUUGGGCAGUGCUCAGGGAACAUCCAUGGUACUGAUGGUUGGAACCAGGGUCGGCUGUGUGCAAGAAGUGCCUUAACCCUGCUCUGUCCCUCCAGCCCCGGUACUUGCUUUUGCACUGCAGUCAGUUGUCAGUGUCUAAAAUCUGAUAGAUUUUAGAUGUGCUAUUCCUUUGAUUUUGCACGGCCAAUUCCUGUUGAAAUGAAGCACCUUCUAGCUUCUGUGAACUUCUCCAUGCUCAUUUAAAUUUGUUUCUUCAGGGCCGGAGUGAUAGCACAGCGGGUAGGGUGUUAGCCUUGCACGUGGCCAACCCGGGUUCGAUACUCAGCAUCCCAUAUGGCCUCCCAGGAGUAAUUCCUGAGUGCAAAGCCAGUACUAACCCCUGUGCAUCGCCGGGUGUGACCCAAAAAGGAAAAAAAAAAAAAAAAACAAAUAAACUUGUUUCUUUGUAUA